UUUAAUAUAAUGGCUGUACACAACGCACAUUUGCAGAGAAUACUGAAUUAUCCCAUAUAAGAUCGCCAGAGAACAGCAUGUGCAGGACGAGCCCCACUCGAGUUUAUUGGAAGUGACGAGGUAAGUGCUGGAUAUCUAAAGGAAAGCCGCUUGCGUUUUGAUGUUGGGUUUCAGCCGGGUUAAUGAACACAGAGCACAGGAGGCUGCUGUAACUCUGCCAUAGCUGAUUCCAUUUUGCUUUGGAUAUUGACCGAUAGCGAUCUAUUGAUCAUUUGAUUGUGGCGUCACCCAGGCAGACCCGUCCCCCGUGGUGUGACAGGACCGCUGCAAGCCGGGUGUUGCUAGAUUACAGUAUUGAAACCUGUUCAGUUCUGUGGAAGUGUCGAGGAGCGGGGUCUAAAUGCUGUCGGGACAAAACACAAGGAACCAUGUCUUCCCCGAACAACUGGUCUGCGUCAGAGGAUAACAGCCAGGCCUCUAAACUGCUCCAGAAGUGCAAGGAUUCUCCCUUUGUACCUAUAGGAAUGAGUGGCUUUGCCGCGGUGGUGGCCUACGGGCUGUACAGGCUGAAGCACCGAGGCAGCACCAAGAUGUCCGUCCAUUUCAUCCACAUGCGAGUGGCAGCACAGGGCUUUGUGGUGGGGGCUGUGACUCUGGGAGUUCUUUAUUCCAUGUAUAAGGACUACCUGGCACCUAAGGAUCCCACCAAGACGAGUAAAUGACCCGGAGAGCUCCUUCAGAGAGAUAAAGGACUCGAUCACCCUAGAGCAAAUCCCGUGUUGUAUUUUUAAUUUAUUUUUAAAGAUAUCUAUUCACUAAUAAAUGUGUAUAUCAUAUAAACUCA